UUUUCUUCGUUCGGCUCGCUGUUUGAGCAGGAGAUUUGUGCAACAAAAAUGCAAAGUCAGCAAUCGCCAAAUCCAAAUUCGCAGCAAUUGCAGCCAGCACAACAGCAACAACAAACACAACAACAGGCAUCAGCGGCGGCGGCGGUACUGAUGCAGCAGCAACAGACACAAUUACUACAAAAUCAAGGCAAUACAGUGGGCAAGAUCAAUGACACUCCGCCAAAUUUAUCCACUGUGGGCCUUUUGGAACUAGCACAUCGCGAAUACCAAGCGGUCGACUAUGAAAAUGCCGAAAAACAUUGCAUGCAACUUUGGCGACAAGAUAGCACCAAUACCGGUGUGCUAUUACUAUUAUCUUCCAUACAUUUUCAAUGUCGUCGCUUGGAGAAAUCAGCACAAUUUUCAACGCUGGCCAUAAAGCAAAAUCCUUUAUUGGCUGAAGCUUAUAGUAACUUGGGUAAUGUGUUCAAAGAACGUGGACAAUUGCAGGAAGCUUUAGAAAAUUAUCGACGUGCUGUACGCUUAAAGCCCGACUUUAUUGAUGGCUAUAUUAAUUUGGCAGCCGCUUUGGUGGCAGCACGUGAAAUGGAAGCGGCCGUGCAAGCCUAUAUAACCGCAUUACAGUACAAUCCAGAUUUGUACUGUGUUCGUAGUGACUUGGGAAAUCUCUUAAAGGCAUUGGGUCGGCUCGAAGAAGCCAAGGCCUGCUAUUUAAAAGCUAUCGAAACAUGUCCAAGUUUUGCUGUAGCUUGGAGUAAUUUGGGCUGUGUUUUUAAUGCCCAGGGAGAAAUCUGGCUGGCUAUACAUCAUUUUGAGAAGGCGGUAACAUUAGAUCCAAAUUUCUUAGAUGCCUACAUUAAUUUGGGUAAUGUCUUGAAGGAAGCCAGAAUUUUUGACAGAGCUGUUGCCGCCUAUUUACGCGCAUUGAAUCUUUCACCCAACAAUGCCGUUGUACAUGGAAAUUUGGCUUGUGUCUAUUACGAGCAGGGUCUCAUUGACUUGGCAAUCGAUACCUACCGUCGGGCAAUUGAAUUGCAACCAAAUUUCCCAGAUGCUUAUUGUAAUUUAGCAAAUGCUCUAAAGGAAAAGGGACAGGUCAAAGAAGCCGAAGAAUGCUACAACACCGCUCUGCGGCUAUGUCCCAAUCAUGCCGAUUCUCUUAACAAUUUAGCAAAUAUUAAACGUGAGCAAGGAUUUAUUGAAGAAGCAACCCGCUUGUAUCUAAAAGCUUUAGAAGUAUUUCCCGAUUUUGCUGCUGCUCAUUCGAAUUUAGCCUCUGUGCUACAACAACAGGGAAAACUAAAAGAAGCCCUUAUGCAUUAUAAAGAAGCCAUACGAAUUAAUCCAACAUUCGCCGAUGCCUAUUCGAAUAUGGGUAACACCCUGAAGGAGCUGCAGGAUGUCACGGGGGCAUUGCAGUGUUAUUCACGGGCCAUUCAAAUUAAUCCAGCCUUUGCUGAUGCACACAGUAAUUUGGCCAGCAUCCAUAAGGAUUCGGGCAAUAUACCCGAAGCCAUACAAUCGUAUCGUACAGCAUUAAAAUUGAAACCCGAUUUCCCCGAUGCCUAUUGUAAUUUGGCGCAUUGUCUACAAAUCGUUUGCGAUUGGACCGAUUAUGAGGCUCGCAUGAAGAAAUUGGUUAGCAUUGUGGCCGAACAAUUGGAAAAGAAUCGUUUGCCCUCAGUGCAUCCACAUCAUUCAAUGCUGUAUCCCUUGUCGCAUGAUUUCCGCAAAGCAAUUGCAGCCCGACAUGCGAAUUUGUGCAUUGAAAAGAUACUGGUGCUGCACAAGCCCCCCUACAAAUUCACGCGGGAGGUGCCGAACGGUGAACGCAUACGCAUCGGCUAUGUAAGCUCAGAUUUUGGCAAUCAUCCCACCUCCCAUCUAAUGCAAUCGAUACCGGGUCUGCACGAUCGUUCGCAAGUGGAAAUCUUCUGCUAUUCUCUGAGUCCCGACGAUGGCACAACGUUCCGUUACAAGAUCUCACAGGAGGCUGAACAUUUCGUUGACCUGUCCACAAUUCCAUGUAAUGGCAAGGCGGCAGAUCGUAUCUAUAAUGAUGGCAUCCAUAUAUUGGUCAAUAUGAACGGCUAUACCAAGGGGGCUAGAAAUGAAAUUUUUGCUCUACGGCCGGCUCCCAUACAAGUCAUGUGGCUGGGUUAUCCCGGCACCAGCGGAGCCUCAUUUAUGGAUUAUAUUAUUACAGAUUCGGUGACGAGUCCCAUGGAAUUGGCGCAUCAGUACAGUGAGAAAUUGGCCUAUAUGCCUUACACCUACUUCAUUGGCGAUCACAAGCAAAUGUUCCCGCAUCUUAAGGAACGUCUUAUUGUGGCCGACAAACAGCAAUCCGUUGUGGCCGACAAUGUGGCGGUGAUCAAUGCCACAGAUCUAUCGCCAUUGGUUGAGAAUACCGGUGUGAAGGAGAUUCGCGAGGUGAUCAAUUCCGGCAAACCAAUGGAGAUAACACACAAGGUGGCUGAGCUGCCGAAUACAACACAAAUUGUGUCGAUGAUUGCUUCGGGCCAAAUACAGACGUCACUUAACGGUGUGGUAUUGCAGAAUGGCUUGGCCACAACGCAAACAAACAAUAAGGCAGCAACGGGCGAGGAGGUGCCUCAGAGCAUUGUCAUAACAACACGAAGGCAAUAUAAUUUACCCGACGACGCCAUUGUCUAUUGUAAUUUCAAUCAAUUGUAUAAAAUUGAUCCUCUGACGCUGCAGACGUGGAUGAACAUUUUGAAGGCAGUGCCGAAUUCGGUAUUGUGGUUGUUACGUUUCCCGGCGGUGGGUGAGCAGAAUAUUAAGAAAACUGUUGAAGAGAUGGGUGUUUCACCGGACCGUGUCAUCUUUUCAAAUGUGGCCUGCAAGGAGGAACAUGUCCGUCGUGGCCAGUUGGCUGAUGUCUGUCUUGACACCCCAUUGUGUAAUGGUCACACAACAUCUAUGGACGUUUUAUGGACUGGUACACCAGUGGUAACAUUGCCGGGUGAAACAUUGGCCUCAAGAGUGGCUGCCUCACAAUUGGCUACCUUGGGCUGUCCCGAAUUAAUUGCCAGUACCCGCCAAGAAUAUCAAGAAAUUUCCAUACGUCUGGGCACGGAUCGUGAAUAUUUGAAAUCGUUGCGCGCCAAAGUGUGGAAGGCUCGCGAUGAGAGUCCUCUGUUCGAUUGUAAACAAUAUGCACAGGGUUUGGAAAUGUUAUUCAUGCAAAUGUGGAAACGUUUCCUGAGGAGUGAGCCGCCAGAUCAUAUUUCUGCCAUAGAAAAUAAAUAAAUCUUUAUUUAGUAGACACGCAUACAUACAGCAAGGACCAUCAUCAUCG